GUAUUGAAAACGUGUUCACAAUAUUGAGUGCAUUAUUCACUCAAUUCAUUGAAUUAUCUGUGAAUCGGAUCCAAACCACGGAUUACAAGAUGACACAAAUGCUUCACCACUUCAUCGCACCGGAGAUUCAGGAGAACCCGAACGGAUGGGGACCUAAUUCAGUGCCGGAACAGUUCAAAGACAUGCCAUACCAGCCCUUCUCCAAGAGUGACCGCAUCGGCAAAGUGGCCGACUGGACCGGACAGACCUACGCCGACAAACGGCUGGCCAACAAAUAUCAGUCUCAGUUCGGAGGCGGCGGUCAGUACUCAUACAAUCAGGAGGACGACGAGUCGUCGUACCAAUUGGUGGAUACGACUCGUGUGGUCAAUAGGAUGCAAAGGGGACGCCUCCGCAUCGGACAGCGCAAUAUGAGAGGUCGUGGUGGCAAACAGGGCGGCCAACAGAUGCACGUACUGUCCCGUGGGGUAAGGGGUCGGGACAAAGGGAACGUCGGUAUGAGGGGCGGGAAGUGGCAGAAGAAUGUGCGCCAGAAGUACGACCAGAAGGGACAGCAGCAGCAGAAGAAGAGGGACGCCUCUGUGGACGUGAGGCCC